AUGGCCGAGACUCAAAACAGCCGAGCGAAAGGGAAAUCUCUUGGAAAGUAUUGUGUUACAGGUGGACCUGGAAAAGUCAGUUGCAAAAACAAUUCGAAAACAGAAGGAAUUUCGAUGCAUCGCUUCCCUAGCGAUAGUUCUGUCCGAGCAAAAUGGGCUUGUAUUGUUCAAAGACAUCGUCCGCAAUGGCAGCCAUCAAGCACUUCGGUGCUUUGCUCAGCACGUUUCAAGGUCACAGAUUUUGAACAACGGCUUGAUUUUAAUCCACAAGAACCGGAAAAAUUCACGACUAAGAGAUGGCUGAAGAAAGGCGCGAUACCUAGUCUAGAUUGCGUUGUUUCAGGGCCACAAGUUCAGGCGAUUUCAGCUCGUGAAAGAAGACAGGUAAAUAUAUGCAUAAAUUGUUCGUUUGCGGCAUUUUGA